AAGGAGGCGAGCGCUCCUGACAUUGACAGUGAGUCCAAACAGGAGUUGCGCUGGCGGUGUCCACCACGUGGCCUCCCGCCGGGCCUUCUGGGAGCUGUAGUUUUCCGGGGAGCCGCGGCCGGGGCGAGCUGGGGUGCCCCGCGCCGGCGGACUACAGGUCCCAGGCGCCCGGGCCGGGAGCGCGGACUCGGCCGGGCGGGCCCGCGGCGCUGCGCGGGGCGCGCGGCGGGACCCGGCCACCACCUCCCUGGGCGCCCCGCUUUGCCCUCGAUCGGAGCGGCGCGGGGCCGCGAAGCCGGAGCCAUGCAGUCGGAAUCGGGGAUCGUGCCGGAUUUCGAAGUCGGGGAGGAGUUUCACGAAGAGCCCAAAACCUACUACGAACUCAAAAGUCAGCCCCUGAAGAGCAGCAGUUCUGCGGAGCAUCCCGGGGCCUCCAAGCCUCCGAUAAGCUCGUCCAGUAUGACAUCACGCAUCUUGCUACGCCAGCAGCUCAUGCGUGAACAGAUGCAGGAGCAGGAGCGCAGAGAGCAGCAGCAAAAGCUGCAGGCGGCCCAGUUCCUGCAGCAGAGAGUGCCCGCGAGCCAGACACCAGCCAUCAACGUCAGCGCGCCCACAGCCCUUCCCUCUGCCACCCAGGUGCCCAUGGAAGUCCUCAAGGUGCAGACCCACCUCGAAAACCCCACCAAGUACCACAUACAGCAAGCGCAGCGGCAGCAGGUCAAGCAGUACCUUUCCACCACUUUAGCAAACAAACAUGCCAACCAAGUCCUGAGCUUGCCAUGUCCAAACCAGCCGGGCGACCGCGUCAUGCCACCGGUGCCGGGGAGCAGCGCGCCCAACAGCCCCAUGGCCCUGCUCACGCUUAACUCCAACUGUGACAAAGAGGGGUUUUAUAAGUUUGACGAGCAAAACAGGGUGGAGAGCGAGUGCCCCAGCAUGAACGCACACCCACGGGCUUCGUGCAUGCAGAUGGAUGAUGUCAUCGAUGACAUCAUUAGCCUGGAAUCAAGUUAUAAUGAGGAAAUCCUGGGCUUGAUGGACCCCGCCUUGCAGAUGGCAAACACGUUACCCGUCUCUGGAAACUUGAUCGACCUUUACGGCAGCCAAGGCCUGCCACCCCCCGGCCUCACCAUCAGCAACUCCUGUCCUGCCAACCUCCCCAACAUCAAGCGGGAGCUCACAGCGUGUAUUUUCCCCACAGAGUCGGAAGCAAGAGCCCUGGCCAAGGAGAGGCAGAAGAAGGACAAUCACAACCUGAUUGAACGAAGAAGAAGAUUUAACAUAAAUGACCGCAUUAAAGAACUAGGUACUUUGAUUCCCAAGUCAAAUGAUCCAGACAUGCGCUGGAACAAGGGAACCAUCCUGAAGGCAUCCGUGGACUACAUCCGGAAGCUGCAGCGGGAGCAGCAGCGCGCCAAGGAGCUGGAGAGCCGGCAGAAGAAGCUGGAGCACGCCAACCGGCACCUGCUGCUCCGAAUCCAGGAACUGGAGAUGCAGGCCCGGGCUCACGGACUCUCCCUCAUUCCAUCCACGGGUCUCUGCUCCCCGGAUCUGGUGAACCGGAUCAUCAAGCAAGAGCCGGUACUGGAGAACUGCAGCCAGGACCUCCUGCAGCACCAGGCAGAGCUGGCGUGCACCAGCCUGGACCUCACGGACGGCACCCUGGCCUUCAGCAGCAGCCUGGGGCCCGCGGCCGAGGGCGCCCAGGCCUACAGCGUCCCCGCGAAGAUGGGGUCCAAGCUGGAAGACAUCCUGAUGGACGACACCCUCUCUCCCGCCGGGGUGACUGACCCACUCCUGUCCUCCGUGUCCCCGGGAGCCUCCAAGGCCAGCAGCCGGAGGAGCAGCAUGAGUAUGGAGGAGGCCGAGCUGGCGUGUUAGCGCACCUGCCCCCGCGUCCUCAGAGGCCCCCUCCCUGACUGGGACACGCGGCAUUCCCCGGAAGGGGUUUUCUUGAUGAUUUUCCUUUAAUAUGAAUUUUUUCCAUGCUUUAUUGAUAGCCCAGGAUAUAUUUUAUUUUUAGAAUUUUGUGAAACGGACUUGUAUAUUCUAUUUUACAACUCCAAAUGCCUCCAAAGUGUGGUACAGCGCGUGUGUGCAGGAUCUGUGAACUGAGCUCCGGCCGACGCCCCCUCCCAGCCCGGAGGUGCCUGUCGGGGCUGCGUCUGUCCAUCCUAAUUCAGGGGAAACUUGAUCUGAGGUUUUCAUGCCUGUGACUUCCUUGGCAAUUCAAUGUAGAAUUUAACUGAAAGAAUGUAAAGCAACCAAAAAAAAAUACAUGAAGAAAAAAAAAGAAAGAUGUGCAUCCUAACCCUUCUCCCUUUUAUAAAUGUACUGAUUCAUUGGUACUGCCUUAAAGACACAGUACCUGGGAGCACCCUUCAGCCUUUGUUCUGCAAACUAUUUAAGGAACUAGUGUAGUCUGCAAAAGACCAAAAAAAAAAAAAAAAUCAAAAACAAAA